AUGUCAGAACAUGAAGGCAAUUUUUCUUUGUGCUCUCUUUUUGAAACUUUUACGAAAGAGUUAGAAGAGUUAGAAGACAAUAAAUACAGUAAUAAUAUUGAUAAUAACAAUGUAGAUAGUGAUAAUGUAGAUGGUGAAAAUGAGUUCCUUAACCCUUAUACUGAUUUAAAUAAACGCAAUCUUAGUUUUUUACAUAAAAUACUUAAAGAUAAUGAUGAAAUUAGUGGUUUUGAUUCGGAUAGUUAUGAAAAUGAAACAGAAUUGGACUUUAAAAGUGCAGAUAAUAGUAGGGAUGAAAGUGAGGAAAUACAAUUUUCCUAUAAUGAUAAAUUUGACGAAAUUAUACCAACUUUAAAACAAAAAGAAUUGAUUGCAUGUGUAUGGGUUUCAGCGGUGUGGACAAAAAGAAGGAACCAUAAGGUCAUUGUAUAA